UCGACGGAUAUUUGCGGAGCUAUCAAAUGUUCCAUCAACUCAAGCUUUUUUUUCCUAGUAUUGUUGUCGACUCCUGUUCAUUGUCGCGCAAAGGCGGGUCUCGAUCCUGGAUGAACUUCGUAAUGGGUAGCCAACUUCCACAUGAUGCAGACGCAACCAAUAAGUUCCCGUUCAAUCCACACAAACGGCUCAAGAUCAUAAUAAUUGGGGGCUCCUUGGGUGGACUAUGCACAGCACUUUCCCUUAAAUCACUCCCAUUGAAUCACGACAUCACGAUUCUUGAAAGGAAUCCAACGCCGCUUCUUCAUAACCAGGGGGCUGGAAUUGUUGCUGGCGGCGAUACACUUGCGUUCUUCAAGCGAUAUGAUCGAUGCAACAGAGAACUCGCCGUGUCUUCGCAAAGGCGACAGUAUCUGAAUCGCGAUGGCGAAAUCGUCCACAAGGAAGAUAUGGUGCAGAAUAUGACGAGUUGGGAUCUGGCGUAUUACAUUCUCAGAGCCAACGUAGAUGGCGUGAAGAGUGAAUACUGCGAAAUCCCGGCGGAAUUUGAAGGGGAGAAGAGAGUUCGACACUUGCACGAUCAUAAAGUAACGGGUAUCCGGGACGAGGGAGCAAUUGUGGUCGUGUCAUAUACAACAACUGGCGGCCAGAAAGAGGAGAUGGAAGCGGAUCUUGUGAUUGGUGCCGACGGACCCAGUUCGACUAUACGAUCGAUCCUACACCCUCCUACCCAACGCACCUACGCUGGGUAUGUUGCGCUUCGAGGCACUGUCCCAGAAGAAGACGUAACACCUAAAACGCGCGAAGCCUUCUCGGAACGUUUCACCUUCUUUCACACGCACGGUGUUCAGAUCCUCGCAUACCUAAUUCCUGGCUCAAAUGGUACCCUCGAACCGGGCAAGCGCCUCAUAAACUUUGUAUACUACACCAACUUUCCAUCGCAAUCUCUAGACGAGCCUUCUUCAGAGCUUGCGGAGCUGAUGACAGAUGUAGAGGGUGUGAGACACCGAAUCACAAUGCCGCCGGGAAAAACUGACCCCAAAGCAUGGGAGAAACAACGCGAGAUCGCGAAGCAAAAGCUCCCACCUCAGUUUGCUGAGAUCGUGAGAGCAACGAAAAAGCCGUUUGUACAGGCCGUUACCGAUGUGAUAUCGCCUACGAACGAGUUCAUGGGAGGAAAGGUCUUGUUGAUAGGUGAUGCUUUGGCUGGCUUCAGACCACACACUGUCGCGAGCACCAGCCAGGCCGCGUUCGAUGCUAUGAUUUUGGCAGAGAUGGUUGAAGGGAAAGUGAGUAGAGAAGAGUGGAAGAAGCAGACGAUGGCAUACGCUCGUACGAUCCAGAAACGAGGCGUAGACAUGGGUGAGCGGAGUCAGCACCAGGAUUUGCCUUUGGAGGAGCACAUAAUGGACCGAAAUCUCGCAUCAAAACCUAGACAAGAUGAGGUAUGGCCAGAUUGGGCAACUCAAGACAUUGAAUAG